GGCAGCAUCUUUCCAGGAUCCAUGGGCUCUUUGAGAGAUGAUCAGAGGGAGACCAGAUGAUCUGCACAACACGCACAGCACCGUUUCUCACCCGCCAAGGCAGCAUCGGAGCGUCCUCCCCAGCCCCGCGCCGCCCGGCUUGCCCGAUCGCUUCCGCAUGUUUCGCAGCUGCGAGUGGGAGGUCCUGGAGCGAUCCCUCAACAUCCUCCAGGCCAGCGACUUCUACUGGGGCCCCUUGUCCGUAGGGGAGGCUCAUGCCAAGCUCCAGCGGGAGCCCGUCGGCACCUACUUGGUGCGGGACAGCUCGCAGGGGAACUGCCUGUUCAGCCUGAGCGUGCGGAUGCCGGCGGGCCCCGUCAGCCUUCGCAUCUCUUUCCAGGAGGGCUACUUCCGCCUGAAGAACUGGUUUUCGGACUGCGUGGUCCGGCUGCUGGAGCUGGUGGUGGCAGGGACCCGCAACAACCCCUUGCACUUUGAUGAGAUGGGGGGAACUCCCUUGGUCUUCUCUGAGCCCCUGUGCCGGAGCCGCCGGGCGGUGCCCACGCUGCGAGAACUGUGCUGCCGGAGCCUGCCGGCUGGCACCACGAUGAGGGGUGGAGCGGGGCUGGGGGGCUCCUCCAGAAGGCGCUCGGGGGACGAGAUGGUCUCGCCCUCCAGCGGAAGGGGAGAGUCGGAGGGGAGCAUCGUCCCCAGCCCCUCUCUGUCCUGGGCUGGGAGAUGAUGCGGUGUGUGUGUGAGAUGAAGGGAGGUGCCCCUGUGGCGUGACCAUGCUGGUGAGACGUGUGCCAUGCACGUGGGGCUGGACUGGCUGCUGGACAAGAAGGGCAGGGCAGGGGAAGCGGGGCUUGAACCCACCAGCUGUGACAGCUGUGUCCUCGUACGUGCACAGCGUGUGUGGCCUUCUCCAGAGAUGCCUGAGGAAGCCAGACCUCAGGAGCAGAGACUCCCAUGUGUCUCGCCUUCCCCGCCCCCAGGUCCUGCUCUUUAUCCCAUUUAUAACUUAAUAAGCUCAAGAACAAGGCGAGUUGUUCUUGCCUCCCAGGUCAGCCCUGCAUUUUCCCUACCCCAAAGUGCCUGAGCUCGUUUCUGCUGCAGACAUGCCCUGGUGCAGCGGUGGGGCUGAGUGCAGCCCCACAGCAGUGCAGCUCCGGUGCCAGCGGGUACGGCCUCGGGUGCCCACGUACCCACGCUGGAGCCAGAGUGCAACACCUGCCACUUCAGGGGCCAAGGUUUGCACCAGGAAGAAACAGCCACAGCCACGGGUGAUAUGUGUGGCUUCACUGGCUUUUGCAUCGCUUUAUUUGAACAGAUCUGGGGGAGUGCAGACGGGUUACAUUGUCCUAAGUGCAUGUGGUGCUCCUGCGGAGGCAACCCUGGUCUGGAGGGUCAGGUCUGCUCUGGGAGGGUGUGAAGAGAUGGGAUCCAGCGCCCUUUCUUACGCUCAUCUUGUAGGAUGCUGCUGCCAUCUACAGAGCACAUAA